CAAAUAUGUCAGAAAAUUAAAAUUUCAUCACAAUAUUAUUUUUGAUUGUCAAUGUCAGUAUCUGUAAUUCAUUUGGUACAAUAUUGCUUUUUGUUUAAAAUAAUAGUUACAUUAUUAAUAUGAAUUUCUUAGAUAACUUCGAUCCCGAGACUUCAGCUCGUGAAAGAAGGAAGCUUAACCGUAAAAGUUAUUAUAUGCACCGUAAAACCAAAAGUAUAUAUAAUGAAUGUGGACAGAUAGCAGCAACAGGCAAAGAUUUAUGUGAUUGUUUAGAUGAGACUUGUCCAGGCUGCCAUUUCCCGUGCUCCAAGUGUAAUUCAAACAAGUGUGGACAUGAGUGCAGAGUAAAUAGAAAAUGGAUGUAUGACAAAAUAGAAAUAGAAGGAAAUGACUUUGUAAUAAAAAACGAAUAUAAGCAUAAAUGAUAGAUAAUACUUUAUGUAUAUAUUUGACAACAUAAGUCAACUAUAUACAUAAAUAGAUCCAGAUUUCUGUGACUUCAGUAAAGUGUUAAAGGAUAACAAUGAGAAUGAUAAAUCACCAACCUAAUCUUCAUCCAGUAAUAAAUGUAAAUAUCAAUUAAGUAAUAAGCAUGAACAUAGAUUUACAACAGGUGGUGUCUCAAAUAAUCACAACAUACAACUGUUGGGCAGUAGCCUGCCAGCCUGAUCACCUAGCCUGUUUAGAGAUUCUUCCUUUUCCCAUCUCAUGACUUAGAGAAUCUUCCUUUUCCGAUCUCAUGACUUAACUCUCUGUUCCCUAAAAGUUCAUCAAACCCCAAGUGAGUGCCGGUGUUCACUCAUCUAUUGUCUUACUAAUGUGUCUCAUAAUACCACUAUUGAAAGAUUUAAAAACUUAAUAUUAUUACAAUGUUUGCCCACAACUUUGUUCGUGUGGAAUAGUUACAUCUCGCGGGAAUUUUGAGACGGUUCCGAAGCGCUUCGUCGAUACCCAACCGAAUACGUGUAAUGAAAUACUAGUGCAAUAUUAAUUUCGAUCCCGGUCGAGCAUAGUGACAACUCUUAUUAUCUAUCUAUACUCCGUUUGGGCAUUUUCUUUGUACUAAAUGAAUUAAAAUAAAGACAUGAACUGAAGUCCUGUAACGAUCGAUUGACUCCAUUGCGCGAUCACCGACAUCCGUCGAGCAUAACGACAACUUGACAUUAAUUAUAAUACCGAAUUUUUUUUUAGCUAUUUAGAUUUAGAUAGCGCCGUAUGUUCGAAAUAGGUACAUUUUAUUAUUAAUUUGUUGUAAUAAAAACUAUCGUAUGUCUUUUCUAGUUUCAAACUAUGUCUGUACUAAAUUUCACAUAAAUCGGUUCAGUAGUUUAGGCUUGAAGAAAAACACAGACAGAGCUACUUUCGCAUUUAUCUAUACAUCUAUACAAAUAAAUAAAAUUGGAGUGUCUGUUUGUAAUAUUAAAAUAACUGCUUCCUACUACAUGCAUAUGAAUGUUUAAACGGUACACAUACUAAAAUAUUUUUUUUUACAAUUUUUGUCUGUCUGUCUGUCUGUCUGUCUGUCUGUCUGUCUGUCUGUCUGUCUGUCUGUCUGUCUGUCUGUCUGUCUGUCUGUUUGUUCCGGCUAAUCUCUGGAACGCCUGGACCGAUUUGGACGGGACUUCCACUGGCAGACAGCUUAUGUAAUAAGGAGUAACAUAGGCUACUUUUAUUUUAGAAAAAAUCUUUUAUUUUAGAAAAAUAAAGUUAUGUUGAAAUACUCCUGUGGAAGGUCAUCAUAUUUUAUGAGCAUACAGUUGGAAGAAUCUAUACAAUUCACCCCAAUAAUCGGGAAUGUUAUUAUCUGAGGUUGUUAUUAACAUUUGUCAAAGGACCAACUUCUUUUGAAAGUCUCAAAUGGGUGAAUGGAAUUUUACAUCCUACAUAUCAAGCGGCAUGUCUUGCUCUUGGCUUACUAGAAGGCGAUAAUCAUUGGUUCGACACUUUAACAGAUGCCAGUAUAAGCAGCAACGCACCUAAAUUACGAGAACUAUUCGCCAUUAUUUUAGUUUUCUGCAAUAUCUCUAAUCCCACAGAGAUAUGGGACAAGUUCAAGGAUCAUUUUACAGAUGAUUAUGUAAGAUACAUGUAUGAAUGUAAGAUGUACUACAAGAUUGUGUAUUUGUAGUAUGGGACGAAUGCACUAUGGCAAACAAAAUGUCUAUAGAAGCCGUGAAUAGGACGAUGCAGGAUAUUAGAAGUAAUAAUCUAUUAUUUGGAGGAGUCGUAUUCUUAUUCGCUGGAGAUUUUAGACAAAUAUUACUGGUUAUAAGUAAGGGUACGCGAGCCGAUGAAAUUAACGCCUGUUUAAAACGUUCAGUACUUUGGAGACAGUGUAAAAAACUUAAUUUAAAACAAAAUAUGAGAGCACAUUCAGCUGAUUCAGAAUUUAGUACAAUUCUUCUUGAUGUUGGAGAGGGAAAGUGUCCAGAAGUGAAUAGUAAUCAUGAUAUAGAACUACCUACCAGUCUUUGUCAGGUUGUGGCGGACACUGAAACUUUAAUAUAUAGUAUUUAAGAUGAUAUUCACAAUCUCAAUAUCAAAGAAGAUUCGUGGUUGUGUGACAGAUCAAUUUUAGCGCCUACGAACGACCAGGUUACUGCGCUUAAUCAGUGCAUUUUAGAUAAGCUAACAGGUGAAUCACAAACAUAUCUUUCCAUCAAUACAGUUUGCAAUCCGGAUGAAGUGGUUAAUUACCCAACAGAAUUUUUAAACAGUAUAAUUGUGCCUGGUCUACCCUCCCACAAACUAGAACUUAUUAAAGUUGUCGUGCCCAUCAUGCUAUUGCGUAAUUUAAAUCCGCCGAAACUUUGCAAUGGUACUAGGUUGCGAGUAGUGUCGUUGCAAAGAAACGUUAUAGAAGGUCGUAUAAUAUCCGGAGGCGGCAGAGGUGAAAUAGUAUUACCACGGAUUCCUAUAAUACCAUCAAAUUUGCCAUUUGAAUUCAAAAGAUUGCAAUUCCCGAUCAAUGUCAGUUUUGCUAUGACAAUCAACAAGUCCCAAGGACAAACGUUAAGUAAAGCUGGUAUAGAUUUAACAAAAGGUUGCUUUACCCAUGGGCAACUAUACCUACGUGGCAUGUUCACGUGCGAGGAAUGCCAGUAGCGUUGUUGUUUUAGCCCAAGAAAAUCGUACACCAAAUAUUGUAUAUAAAGAAAUUUUCAAUAAAGCUAAUACAAAAAACUGAAAAUAAAUGAUAACUAAAAUAAAAAAUAAACGAAUUAAUUUUUUUGUUAAAUUCCACGCGGACGAAGUCGCGGGCACAGCUAGUAAUAUAUAAGUUUGGAAACAUAUUAUUUUUUUGUAAUUUAAUUUAACAAUGAUGUGCCGUAUCAUCUAUGUUGUUCUGUAUUCUGAGCAUCUAUGCAUGCAUGACGUUAAAUCAUAAAUGUUCCUGAUUGUUUGUAUCAAAGAGUAUGUAACCACUGUUUGUAUAUCCUACUAAAAGACGUGAAGUAUUUAUGUGCAGCAAAGAAAUUGGUUUUCCAAAGACUAAUUAUUGUUGUUUUAUUCUGCCUGAAUCAUAAAUCACCUUUUUGAAACUCCAUUUUACUCAAUAUGCAUAAAAAUAAUUCAGAAAAAAACAAAUUGAUAUGGCGUGAGAAAGCGAUCAUUUAAAAAAUAUCUUUGAUCAAAUAUAUGCUUUUAAAUGAUCAUACAUAUUAUAGAUAUAUAGCAUAAAGUAGGUGCGUACAAAUACUUGUAAAAGGUCAGCAAAACCCGCUAAUUACUUACAGUAAGGGGACUGCUUAUUUCCAAUAUGCACAAAAAGGUGGGGUAUUCAUUCUGUACACAGAUUUCUAGCUCUCAGUCUCUAACCUAACAUAAACCGGAUCUAUAUGGCCUAAAAAUCGGUAGGUACAUAAGUAAUUUACAAAUUAGGUAUCGGAGGCCGGUCUGCGUCGCUGGCGUUGUUUGAAAAAUGAAAUACAUAAUAAUUUAGAGUUUAAAGUUGUGGCCAUCAAAUCAAUGUAUUGCCCAUAGCACUAAGAGACAUUAAAUACCUUUAAUCAUUGAAGGAAUUUUGGAAAUCUAACCAGCGAUUUCAAAAAU